AUGUCAAAUCUGCCAAUACAAACAGCAGUAAAUCAUAAUGAUGAUAAUGAUGAACAAACAAAUUCAACUAAUAAUAAAUUAUCAACAAUAAAUAGUCGAAUAACAUCACCAUUAAUCAUAAAACGUCAACAAAACACAGAAACUGAAAUAGCUAAUAAUCAAGCAUAUGAUGAAAUACAUGAUUUACAACCAAAACAUUUCUUAGCAAAAAAAAUAAAUAAUGAUAAUUCAUAUAUGAAAAAUUCAACACGACAAUAUCAAUCACAUGAAUUAAUGCAAGGAAAUUAUUAUGAUCAAACACGUUUUGAUAAUGAUUAUAGUUCAUCAUCAAAUCAUCAAUCUGAACCAAUAUUAAUUAAUAUUAAUGUUGAAGAUUAUAAAAAGACGUUUGCUCCAGUUUGUACAAGUAAAAACAGUAAUAACAAAAAUCGAACGAGGUCACCUCCUCCAUUUGGUGAUACAAGUGAAUCAAUCCAACAAGGUAUUGCACAAAGUGCUGGUAUAUUACUUGAACUUAAUAAAAAACAAGAUAAUCAUCAACAACAACAUCAACAUAAAACUAUAAUGAAAAAUAAUAAUAAAUCUCAUGAACAAGCUGUCAUAAAUUAUUUUCCAAAUGACGAUGAUGAUAAUAAUAAACAACGUUCAUCAUCAUCAUCAUCAUCUGAUUGUUCAACAUCUGAUUCUUCGACAUCAAAUAAAAGUCAAGAUGAUAAUACAAAAACGAAUAUUGGUUAUGAAAAAUUAUUAAAUGAGGACGAUAAUGAUGAGGAAUUAAUUGAACAAACAAAAAAACCAUUAACCGAAUCAACAACAUUAUUAAAUAAAAAUCAUACACAAACUUAUGGUACACAGCAAUCAACAACAAAUACUCCAUAUGAACGUAGUAAAUAUCUACCAAAUAAUGGUUAUAAUUCACAUGGUUCAUCAAUAACAACAAAAUCAUCAUCAGAUAAUAGUGGUAGUAUACGUACUAAUUCUGGUACAGAUAAUGAUGAAGAAUCUGAUGAAGAACCUUAUAAUAAUUCAACAUUAUCAAAUAAUCCACAUUCAAUGACAUCUUCACGUACAAAAGAUACAUCAAUGAAAUCAUUGAAUAAAACAAAUGAUAUUCAAUAUUCAUAUUUAAAUGAACAAGAUAAUUAUCAAUCAAGUCGAUCGAAUACUACCCGUGUAGAACAAAUUAGUAAUAAUGAACCUCAUUUACAAGUACCUCGUAUGAAACAGUUGCAUAUUGAUGAUCUAAAUGGCAAUGUCAAUAAAUUAAAUCCAACAACUACUGAUCAUAAUACAAUUUUCUUUCCAUCAAAAUCUUCUUUACAACAAUCGUCUAAUAAUCAAACGAACAUAUCAUCAUCUAGUCAUCAAAAUCGAAAUCUUAUCGAACGUAAUGAACAACAACAAAAUCAUUCAAAUUCAUCACGGAAUAAUAUUGUGCGUCAAAAUCAAAAUCGUGGUUCGAAAAAACGAAAACAGUCUCAACAACAAGAAAUCAUACGAACAGAAUUAAUUCCAGGACAUCGUGGUGAUCGUGAUGUCGAUGAACUUGUCAUGUUUAUCGAUGGAGAUUCAUCAAAACAACGACAAAAUUCAACUCCUUUACGUCCAACCGAUACAAAUAAACCAAGAUUAUCUUCAAAAAUCAAUUCUGUAGAUGAUACAAAUAGUAAUAAAACAUCAUCUCGAAAAAAAUCUCGUAAAUCAAUAAAUAUUUUACAAGAAACAAUAUCGACAACAAAUGAUGAUAAUAAUAAUAAUAAUGAAAAUCAAACAUCAAAUUAUGUAACAACUAGUGAACAAAAUAUCCAAUCAAUAAAUUUUAUUGAUGAAGAUAAUCAAACAAAAACACAUACAAUUAUUGAUAUAACAAAUCAAUCAUUAUUAAAUAAAAAUAUAUCUACUGAUAAUAAUGAUGAAUCUCAUUUAAAUACAGUCGAUGUUAAUUCUACGAAAACGAUUAAUGAUGAAUCUUCUAUACCAAAUUUGUUUGAACAAAUUCGUAGUGCAUCUUUAAAAAAUGAUGAUAUUGAUUCAUAUAGUUUAUCAUCAACAAUAACAAAUAAUUUGAACAGUGAAAUCAUAUCUGAGCCAUUUGUAACUGUAAAAAAUCGUCGUCGUUUAAUAAAAGAACGUCGUCAAGAUAAUAAUUUAUUAACACGUUCAACGCAUUUUCUACCACCAUCAACAUCUUCAAAGACUCAUGAUAAACGACGUAUUUUAUCGACAACAAAAAAUGGUAUUAUACGUCCAAUAAUACGCAAUAAUCUACCGAAUGCUAAAUUUAAUUCUUCUUCAAUAACAAAAGAAGAAAUAACAAACAAUCGAAUUUCUUCUGAGCCUAUACGUCCCGUACCUCCUCCACCAUCCGAUGAACCAUUACCUUCAUCUUCAAUUGUAAAUUCUACUAAUGAACAAACUAUAGAAAAACAACAAAUCUCACCACGUCUAUCAUCUCAUUCAUCAUCAUCAUCUUUAUCAUCAUUAUUAAAACGACAAUCAAAAUUACCACCUGUUAUUUUUCUUAAUAAAUCAAAUGAUAUUGAACUUAAUGAUGUUUCAUUUGGUUUUGAACUUGAUUCAACAACCUUAAACAAAUCAUCCGAUGAUACUAAUACAAAUAAUCAACCAUUAUCAACAACAACUGAACCUGAUAUUGAUGCAUCAAAUACAUUAACAUCUCCAUUAAUGCAACCAAUACAAUCCAAUGAUAUAUUAAAUGAUUCAUUUACACAAAAAUCUCCUAGAAAAUUUUCUCAACGAAAUAAUCGUUCACCACAAUUUUAUUCCGGUUCAGAUAUUCGUCCACAUCAACAACGUAAUUAUUCAUCACAAUCAUCUUAUAUUGAUCCUCUUCUUGUUUUACAAUAUAAUCAGCGUUUAGCUAAUUAUUCUCAACAAUUAGCUUAUAUGAAUUUAUUACGUCAACAUUAUAUGUCACCUCAAUCUCAAUAUAUUUUUCUACCAACAACAUAUACAACAACAACAGCAAAUGAAAGUGAUCAAGAUGAAACAACAAAUUCAACGACACCUGAACAAAUACAAGAAUCAUUACUUGUUUAUUCAACUCCAACAGGUCAGUUUUAUUUUCAUCCAUCAACAACUAAAAAAUCUUCAAUUGAUACUGAACAACAAUCAAAUUCAAUUCCAAAUGCUUAUACACCAACGAUAUAUCCAUCACAUUAUUAUUAUCCUUCACAGGCACAACAUUUAACUCCAUCACAAACAGCUUAUUUUCAACCAAUAUCAUCAUCAUUGAAUGAUACAAAAUCUGAACAAAAUAAUAUUGAUUUGGAUGAUGAUGAUGAUAAAAAUUCAUCGGUAUUAUAUCAUCAAGCACGUCAAUUAUCAUCAUCAUCAGAUAUAAUGUCGAAUGCAUUACAACUUGUUUAUAGUCAACAACGACGAAAUGCUCAAACAGAUCGUUUUAAUCUUGAUGAUUUAACGGCUUAUUUAGCGAUGAAAUGGACAGAUACUGUUGAUCAUUAUGAACAAGGUAUAAGCAUAAAUAAAAAUAAAUAA